AUGCGGAUGAAAAGCAAUGUGAAAGUGGCAAGGGUUUUAGUUGGUGGAUUUUUCAUAGUUUGGAUUGGUCAUGGGAUUCCCUACAUGUUUAUUCAAGAUCUUGUACAGCGUGCUUGUGUAGGGGCGAGUUCGAUUUACACACAAUACUAUCGAGGCUAUUUUGUUAGUCUUGGCCUUUAUGUAUUCAUUCCUGUCGUCUUCAUAUCUAUUUUUGGCUUUCUUACCUAUCGAAAUCUACGGAACAUGACAUCAAAUAGAAAUCCAGUCUGCGCACUUACUCGCCAAAUGAUUCAAAUGACUCUUUCUCAAAUCGGAGCUGUUCUUCUAUUCAAUGGUCCUCUCGCUAUUUUUCUAGCGUAUUCUGUUGGUACGGUCAAUGUGAAACAGAAAAGUAUCUUCCGACAAGCUCGAGAACAGUUAGCACAGAGUUUUUUCAGUGCUUAUACGUAUGGAACUUAUUCUGUGAGUUGCAAGAAGUAG